UAUAUCCUUAAAACAUUAAAACAUUCCAUGCAGUAAUUUUUUUUUUAAAUUCCCAAAAAUCACCUUUUUUCCGGCGGUCACACUAGUGGUCCUCUUUAAAGGUUAACUUAUCUAUGCAGCGUAGAAAACUUUCUUAGUUGCCACAAAUAUUUUUCAAAUCUAUUAUUUCAUCCAUAAGAUAUUUAUGUACGUGCUAAUUUAUAACCUCUUUUAAAAUACUGAGAAAUCAUUUAUCAGACUACAAGAGACAUGGGCAGAUAUUGAAAAAAAAACCAUGAUAAGGUUAAAAUAGAACAUAAAUUGAUGGGGAUCCCCAUUUUAUAGAAAUUUAAACAACAGAUAAUUAUUAUAAUUUUGAAAUAAUUACCCAUCUAUUUCUCAAUCCAUGUUUUUCCUUGUUUACGUUACAUGACGAAAUCGAUAAGAUAAAAAAGUGACUGUUAUUUUUUUCAUCUAAUUUGUUAGUUAUUGUGAUCGCUCGAAGUAAACAUGUUUGUUUUUAUAUUUUUCCUGCUGCUAACAAUUAUAACUGCAGACAAAGGUUGUCAAGGUUAUAAGAGAUAUGCGUGUGGGCCUCAUGAGUCAGUGGAUCUUUGUGGCCAUUCAUGUGAACCUUCUUGUGACCAAAGGGAUUUUUCUGCGGUAAUCUGUUUACAAUGUACUAGUCAAACAGAAGGUUGUCGUUGCAACGAAGGGUAUUUGAGAUACAAAGGACGGUGUAUCCUACCUAAAGAUUGUCCACCUAAACCUCCAACCAAACCAACAGAACCAACUAAACCAGUCCAUUGCGCCUAUAGAGAGAUUUAUGCGGCAUGUGGAAAAACUUGCGAAGGCAAUUGCACUCAUCCUUAUGAACCAGAAAUAUGUUCCCGAAUUAGAUGUGGAACACAGGAUUGUCGAUGUGAUUUAUCUAAAGGAAUGGUAAGAUAUAAAGGACAUUGUAUUCACAAGAGUCAAUGUCCUAGAAAAUGUUGUUAA